UUCAGGCCUGGAGUUGGGAGUGGGGGCUGGAGGCCUUCAACUUCUGUGAGCCAACAGGUUGUCUUGGUCACCGAGCCUGGGAUGGGGGCAGGAGUCUUGAUCCUAAUCCCUGUUCUGCCGCUGACUUGCCCUUUGACCUGAAGAGCCAUGGUAUUCCUCUGGGCUUGUUUCCUCUUCUAGAGAAAAUGGGGAGGAAGGCAUUCUGCCUCUGGGAGACCUGGUUCUCUCUUCCCUGGAGUCCCAGCACCCUCAGACCUUUACUUUUCCUGCCCCUCCCAGGUCACCACCACAGCAAAGAAUACAGAGAGAUCAACCCCCUGAAGAAGCUACCCAGCCUCAAAGAUGGAAAAUUUAUCUUAUCUGAAAGUGUGGCCAUCCUUUUCUACUUGUGCCGCAAGUACAGCACACCCUCGCACUGGUACCCACCCGACCUGCACACACGCGCCCGCGUGGAUGAGUUCAUGGCCUGGCAGCACACUGCCAUUCAGCUGCCCAUGAGCAAGAUCCUCUGGAUCAAGAUGCUGAUCCCAAUGAUCACAGGUGAGGAGGUUCCAGCUGAGAAGACAGAACAGAUGCUGGUAGAGGCGAAGAACAACAUGCAGCUCUUUGAGGAGAAGUUUCUGCAGGACAAGAUGUUCAUCACUGGGGACCACAUCUCACUGGCCGACCUGGUGGCCCUGGUGGAGAUGAUGCAGCCCAUGGGAAGCAAGUAUAAUGUCUUUCUCAACAGCUCCAAGAUAGCUGAGUGGCGCAUGAGGGUGGAGCUGGCUAUUGGCUCUGGCCUCUUCUGGGAGGCCCAUGACCGGUUGAUGAAGUUGGCAGAGUGGGACUGUUCAACGUUGGAUCCAAUGGUCAAGGAGAAGAUCUGCGAGUUGCUGCAGAAGUUCAAGUAGAAGCAGCCCAUCCUGCAGGGCCUGGCUGACUCAGCCCUUCUGAGCUUCCUUCCUUAGAGGAGAUGUUGAAAACAACUCUGUUUCUUUGCUUAAUAAAGUACUGUAACAACCACCAAGGCUGCUGAGCCCAGGACAGGUGGUGUGAGCAUAGGGUAUGCAUGGUGUGGGAGAUGGUGGUGGUCAUGGUUCCCCCCAGGUUCCAAAAAGAGUUUAAAAACUAAAAGUUAGGGCGCCUGGGUGGCUCAGUUGGUUAAGCGACUGCC